CAGAACAGUCAAGCAUCAAGUAUUGGAACUGACAUCUGAAUUAAAGAGUGUGCAAAAAAAUCUCUUCCCUCUUUAACUAUUGAAACAACUAAAAUGGAAAACUGACUAAAAGAGGCCUUUCUCUGAGCUCUGCCUGUCCCACAGCCAUACGUAUUAGAUGACUUUGGGACUCGUUUUCCACCAACGAUGAAGGGAUUAUCCGGCAGCCGCAGUCACCAUCACGGGGUUGCCUGUGACCCUGCAUGUGACAGCCUGCCACACCACCAGGACAGGAAGCCAUAUUUGUUAAACCCGGUGGACCCCCACCCCGCAGACCACCCUUACUACACUCAAAGGAACUCUUUCCAGGCCGAGUGCAUGGUGCCCUACAACGAACAGAUUGCCAGCAGCACGUUUCCCAGGAGGCAUUACAGCUCCCACCACGAACUCAAGGACGAGUGUGCUCUGGUUCCCCACGGAACUGCCAACAAGACCAACCGCAUUCCUGCCAACCUCUUGGACCAGUUUGAGCGGCAGCUGCCCCUGAAUCGGGAUGGCUACCACACUCUGCAGUACAAGCGAACUGCCAUGGAGCACCGCAGCGACAGCCCGGGCAGGAUCCGGCACCUGGUUCACUCGGUCCAAAAGCUCUUCACCAAGUCCCACUCCCUGGAAGGACCAUCCAAGGGGAGCGUCAAUGGGGGGAAAGCAAGCCCGGAGGAGUCACAGACGAUGAGGUAUGGGAAGCGCAGCAAGAGUAAGGAAAGGCGAUCAGAAGGUAAGCCCAGAUCCAAUGCAUCAGGAUGGUGGAGUUCAGAUGACAACUUGGACAAUGAUGUUUGCAUUUAUCAUGGUCCCAGUGGGGUCAUGACCAUGGGAAGAUGCCCUGAUCGCUCUUCUUCCCAAUACUUUAUGGAAGCCUAUAACACUAUUAGCGAGCAUACUGUGAAGUCCUCCAGAAGCAAUAAUGAUGUCAAAUGCUCUACCUGUGCAAACCUGCCUGUGAAUUUGGACUCCCAGUUAAUGAAGAAAAGCUCUUGGUCCUCUACAUUAACCGUGAGCAGAGCCCGUGAAGUUUACCAGAAAGCAUCAGUUAACAUGGACCAGACAGUGGUGAAGGCAGAGACGUGUCAGCAGGAACGGUCAUGUCAGUACCUCCAGGUUCCUCAAGAUGAAUGGUCUGGCUACACUCCACGAGGAAAGGAUGACGAGAUUCCCUGCCGCCGGAUGCGCAGUGGCAGUUACAUCAAAGCCAUGGGGGACGAUGACAGCGGAGACUCGGACACAAGUCCGAAGCCAUCUCCAAAGAUUGCUGCACGGAGAGAGAGUUAUCUCAAGGCCACCCAGCCAUCCCUUACUGAGCUCACCACCCUCAAGAUAUCCAGUGAACACUCGCCAAAGCUCCAGAUCCGGAGCCACAGUUACCUGAGGGCAGUGAGCGAAGUCUCCAUCAACAGGAGCCUGGACAGCCUGGACCCCGCAGGGCUGCUGACCUCCCCCAAGUUCCGCUCCCGCAACGAGAGCUACAUGAGAGCCAUGAGCACCAUCAGCCAGGUGAGUGAGAUGGAGGUGAACGGGCAGUUCGAGUCCGUCUGCGAGUCGGUGUUCAGCGAGCUGGAGUCCCAGGCCGUGGAAGCGCUGGAUCUGCCCAUGCCGGGCUGCUUCCGCAUGAGGAGCCACAGCUACGUGCGGGCCAUCGAGAAGGGCUGCUCCCAGGAUGACGAGUGCAUAUCGCUGCGCUCCUCGUCUCCCCCGCGUACCACCACCACCGUGAGGACCAUCCAGAGCAGCACUGUUCAAACUAUUCAAGCCUUGCUAGAGGAAGAGAUUUUGGUGUAA